UUGAAUGAGAACACGUAGAAGUUUGAUACUUCAACUUUAUAUGUUCACUAUACUGUUGAUUUUGUUUGCUUCGAUCUAUAUAUACACACACUACUGGUCGAGAUGUGAGAAAAUAUACAACAAAAUGAAGAAAAUAAUACGAUCGUUUCUUCUUCUAAGUUUGGUUCCUAUACUUCUACGUGUAUCUUUUCAGGUUGGUUUGACCGAGGCUAGAUUCCGUCACCUAGGAACACCAAUAACAGAAACACGGAUGAUAAUCGCAAUACCUUCCCUGUAAGCUCAAUAACUUGGAACUUGAGAAGCUGCUGCAGUGGUGGAGUUUUGGUUCGUGUACUUGUGUUACACACACAGGAUGGUGUGUGACACACGCUUCGAAGAAUAAAAGGAAACAUCAAGAUGUGAUGAUAUGGAAUAUUUCUAUAUACUUGGUUGACGAAAUAUGCAUUAAAGGAGCGUGAUUAGAUCACAAAUUGGAAGAUUUGGUGAUGCUAAAAUAUAGGAAGUAUUAUAUUAGAUAAUAGGAAAAUAUUAUUUAAUAGAUAUUGUGGCUUUUUCUUAGUAUUAGGGUUAAAACUUUUAACGUUGUAUUCUCACAGAAACACAGACAUGGGUUUGGGGUUUCAGAAGGUGAGCGAUUUGUAGAGGUGAUCAAUAGGGGUUGAUUCACUCAAAGGGUAGAUUAAGAAUUGGUCUGUGUCAAGCCGUGUGUGGCGUUGAGUAAUUCGGAUUAGACAAGUCUUUGUAAAAGAUUGUUUAAGUGAUUCUUAAUAAAGAGAUAGUUGAUCUUGGAAUUAUUUUGUGCCGUCUGUUCUCGCUGUAUCUCGAAGAGCAGGACACCUAAACGAAAGAAAGUUCUUCGAACCAAGGUGAGAUCCUGAGAAGAGAAUAUGGCGAUUUUGGCACAAAAUAUGUUGCUGUUGAAUGAUGUGAAUUAUGGGUAUUGGAAAGUGAGAAUGAGAGCAAACCUACGUGGGGCUGAUGAAGAUAUCUGGACAGUUGUUCAAACUGGAUGGGAAGAACCGUUUGUGAUGCAAGAAGAUGGUUUGAAGAUAUCUAAAUUGAAGACAAAGUGGACAGCAACAGAGAAAAAAUUUUCAAGGUUUAAUGCAAAGCACUGGAUACAAUCUUCAGUUCUGUAGAUGCAAAGCAAUUUGAGCUUAUUCAGGGAUGUGAAUCAGCUAAGGAGGCUUGGGAUAUACUACAAAAUGCUUUCGAGGGUACUGCGAAUGUUAGGAGGAUAAGACUGGACUUACUUGCAUCACAGUUUGAAGACAUAAGGAUGACUGGUCAAGAGAAGAUAGGAGAUUUCAGUGCGAAGCUCAGCUCCAUAGCCAAUGAAGCACAAGUUUUAGGUAAAAAAUAUGAAGAUGUAAAAUUGGUGAAGAAGUUUUUGCGAUGUUUGCCUACUAAGUUUGCAGCACAUAAAGCAGCGAUAACAUUGACGAUGAACACUGAUGAACUGAAGUUUGCUAAGGUAGUAGGGAUAUUAAAGGCUGAGGAGAUGGAAUUGAAAUCUAAGUGUUCAAAGCCUGCUCAAGACUCUCGAAUUACAGUUGAUGAAGACAUCCAGAAAGCUAAGAAGCUUGAAGAAUCUAUUCACUUGGUGAUUCAGAAACUUGAAGAAACCAUGAAUCUUUUGAAUAAGAUGUCCAGCGACAGACUACCUAGAGAAGAAGAAAGACAUAAAUGGCAGGCAGUGGUGUGUUUUAAUUGUCAUGGUAUUGGGCUUGUCAAAACAGAGUGUCCAUCAUUCAAGAGAAAAGAAAUCAAGUGUGAUGGAUGUAAUGGUUAUGGGCACAUAAAAUCAGAUUGUGUGAACACCAAGAAGAUGAAUAUGAAGAAAAGUUGCACUGAAGUGCCAGAAACAAAAGAAGAUGCUCUCAAUUUCGUGUCUCUUCAUGGAGUUAUAGGAUCUGAAAAAGACAUCACUGAAGGUGAAUUUCGUGCGUCGUGUGUGUCACACACCAAUUCAGAUGCGUCACACAGUGAUACAGAAAGUGAUAUAGAUGCAGAUCUUCUAGCCGAGUAUAAGGUUCUCUUUGGUAAAUUUGCAGAACUCAGUUACGAAAACCUACAGCUCAUCAAGGAUAAAGCUGUCUUAAAAGAUCAAGUCAACACCCUAGAGAUGGAACGGACUGAUGUGAAGGGUGAAUCAAAGUGUAGGGUGAGAGAGGAUGAUAAUGAAGACGAGCUUCAGUCUCUUAAGAGAGUUAUUGCAUAGCAGAAUCAAGUUCAACAAGAGUCUGAAAUAAAGUUUCAUCAGAUGAAACAACUGUUGAAUCAAGAACUUGAGAAGAGUCAGCUUCUGGAAAGACAACACUACAAGAAAUGAGGGUAUUAAUAGCGACCAUUAAACGCUAUGAGUUUAUUACCAUAGCAUUUCCUUAAACGCUCUGACAGCGUCCGUUAUAAUAGGUCCGACAUUUUUGAUAGCAGAUCUGUCAUAUGCUAUAAUUAAUUAAACAACAAUAGCAUUAAUUUCUAUGCAAUUGUUAAUAUUUAUAAUAAUGGAUUGAUUUUAUUUUUAUAAUAAUGAAUUGAUUUUA